AUGGCCACCACCAGCACCACGGGCUCCACCCUGCUGCAGCCCCUGAGCAACGCCGUGCAGCUGCCCAUCGACCAGGUCAACUUUGUAGUGUGCCAACUCUUUGCCUUGCUAGCAGCCAUUUGGUUUCGAACUUAUCUACGUUCAAGCAAAACUAGCUCUUUUAUAAGACAUGUAGUUGCUACCCUUUUGGGCCUUUAUCUUGCACUUUUUUGCUUUGGAUGUUUAUUUUUGUUUUCCAGAUAUUGUUUUGUGUUUGCUUUGGGAUACCUCACAGUGUGCCAAAUUACUAGAGUUUAUAUCUUUGAUUAUGGACAAUACUCUGCUGAUUUUUCAGGCCCAAUGAUGAUCAUUACCCAGAAGAUCACUAGUUUGGCUUAUGAAAUUCAUGAUGGCAUGUUUCGAAAGGAUGAAGAACUGACUCCAUCACAGAGGGGUUUGGCUGUAAGGCGCAUGCCAAGCCUACUGGAGUACUUAAGUUACAACUGUAACUUCAUGGGUAUCCUGGCAGGCCCACUCUGCUCUUACAAAGACUACAUUACUUUCAUUGAAGGCAGAUCAUACCAUAUGAUACAAUCAGGUGAAAAUGGAAAGGAAGAAAUACAGUGUGGAAGAACAGAGCCAUCUCCAAAUAUUGCAGUUAUUCAGAAGCUCUUAGUCUGUGGACUUUCUUUAUUGUUUCACUUGACCAUCUGUAAAACAUUGCCUGUGGAGUACAACAUUGAUGAGCAUUUUCAAGCUACAGCUUCAUGGCCAACAAAAGUGACCUAUCUUUAUGUCUCUCUAUUGGCUGCCAGACCCAAAUACUAUUUUGCAUGGACGUUAGCUGAUGCUAUUAAUAAUGCUGCAGGCUUUGGUUUCAGAGGAUAUGACAAAAGUGGAGCAGCUCGUUGGGACUUAAUUUCCAAUUUGAGAAUUCAGCAAAUAGAGGUUAGUAGUAGUAAAUCGGUGUGUUAUGAACGAGCCUCCUUCAGUCCAACCAUCCAGACGUUCAUUCUCUCUGCCAUUUGGCAUGGGGUAUACCCAGGAUAUUAUCUCACGUUUCUAACAGGGGUGUUAAUGACAUUAGCAGCACGAGCUAUGAGAAAUAACUUUAGACAUUAUUUCAUCGAACCUCCCCAACUUAAAUUACUUUAUGAUGUUGGAACGUGGAUAGUAACUCAAAUAGCAAUAAGUUACACAGUUGUGCCAUUUGUACUUCUUUCUGUAAAACCAUCAUUCAUGUUUUACAGCUCCUGGUAUUACUGCCUGCAUAUUGUUGGUCUCUCAGUAUUAUUGUUUUUGCCGGUGAAAAAAACUCAGAGAGGAAAGAAUACACAUGAAAAUGUUCAGCUCUCACAAUCCAAAAAGUUUGAUGAAAGAGAAAAUUCUUUGGGACAGAACAGUUUUUCCACAACAAACAAUGUUUGCAAUCAGAAUCAAGAAGUAGCCUCCAGACAUUCGUCACUAAAGCAGUGA